UUCUAGGGAAAACUUGGCUAUCUGUUUGGUAUUACUCUUUAGUUGGUCGACACUCCAUUUUACAUCCACAUACAAUCACUAGUUCGGAGGCCCCUCGAUUCCCAGGCCUUCACCAUGGGACAGGCCAUAUCCGGCCACAAUGACAGGAGCUGUGCACCCAAGACACGUGAUGACUUGAGGAGAGAGCUUGCCAGCAAGUUCCGUUCAAAAUGCCUCUCGUCCAUCGAGCUCUACUCACUAAAGGACAACUUCGAGAGCCUUGCCGAUGUGCAGCAAGAGCCGGGAGGGACUCCCAAUCUGUAUAUUUCCGAGUCAACAAUUGUGAGGUUCCUGGAAAUCCCAGAUGUACUCGAUGUGUCAGCCGUGAUAGGGAAGAUGGUGACCUUUAUCGGCGCAUUUCCGUUCCUCCAGGACUCGCCGGCAAUCAUGGGGCUUGACGCUUUGGUGAUCACUGUCAUUAUACUCACCGAAAGAUAUCAGAAGAUCCUAUCAAAAGGCUCUGCGGACAGGCGAAAACUGCUUUUUAACAGCUUGGCUGUGCAUGAUCGGAAAUUGCUGCAGACAGAUGACGGACUGGAUUUAAUCCACGCGCCGAAUUCAGCUCAGUCGAGCGUUGGUACGGCCGGCGAGAAUGAGCAUAACGAGGAAGACGGCUUGGUAAUAUCCACACUUGAACUACUGGACUGUGUCGAGGCUUUCGAGGACGCAAAUCCACAGCCGAUCAACGAGGCUAUAAUCCCGGCUGACAAUUUCCGGAAGCUAAUCAUGCUGCUCUUGCUUGUGGCACCCAUGGAACCCCAGGAGAAGCUCUCGAGGUAUGCAGAACGAACAACGGGAGGAGAGCUCGUGAGCCUGCGUUCUGCAGCUGAUAGCAUCCUUGCCGCGUUUCUGAACGUUGAAAGUUGCCCGGGUAUCAAGUCCAGGGCAUUCGAGACCGUGGUACCGGUUGCGCUCCCAUUCUUAUUCCAAGGCUUCAACGCGCUUUUUGGGCGUUUUGUAUUCUCCAGCAACCUCGAUUUCGGGAAGCAGAGGGGCCUUGGUGACCAAGCAGGGGAGCCUUGCCCAAAUGUCACAGCUCCAUUGCUACCGGACACGGCGUCCAUCAUGAACUCGACCACCCUCUCACAACUGUCCUUCUUCAUCCCGGGAUCUUCUUUGUUUCGGCGGCUCAGGCUCCUGUACUCAGGCGAGAAUGAUGGAUUCUCGAUGGGCUCCUUCGAAUCCAAGGUAUUCAACUGGCGAGCGCCUACGAUCUUACUGGUGCGAGGUGUGAGACUUGAAGACUCGUCCGGUGGUAGUGAAGAACGCUUUACUUCCUCACUUCCUCCUAAGCGUUUCCCGGACGGCUCCCAGUCAAGCCGACUAACCUACGGUCUGUACAUAUCCCAGCCGUGGCGUCACUCCUUCAAGGAGUGCUUCGGUGACUCGGACACACUGUUGUUUCAGCUUGAGCCCAUCCACGACGUUUUCCCAGCCAGCACUUCCAACAAGGACUACGUCUCGUUCUCAAAACCGGGUGCAACUCCAACCAAUACGGGUAUUGCAGCUGGAAACCCACUGUCCAAGUCCUCGUCCACGUACCGACAGAGCAUUACCCACCUUGGCCCAGUAGCUCUGCUACUGGAUUCGAGCUUUGAGUUUGGCGUGUUCACACACGACAAUUCCUCGCGGGGCGGUGCAUUCCAAGGGAGCGUUUCUCGAAAAUUCGACUUCCAGGAUCGGUUUGGGAUCGAAAGUCUUGAGGUUUGGGGCUGUGGAGGGGACGAGGAGGCCAAAGUGCAGGCUGAACGAUGGGCCUUCGACGCCCGAGAGGCUGAGGCCAGGAGGCGAAUAAAUCUUGGUACAGGUGACAUCGAAGCAGACAGAGCCCUACUUGAGAUGGCGGGUCUGGUUGGGGGGAAUAGGAACGGUGGGUCUAUAGUAUAAGUGUAAUAAAUAAAACACUUAAUUUAUAAUAA